AUGGUGAAACUCGCGGAAUUCGAGAUCACCCAGCGAGAUCUGUACAUGCCCGAAAGUCGCACGCCCGUCAAAGGCGGUGUGCUCGAUCUGAGAUUGGGUACAUCCAACAAAAGCUCGGUUUGCGAUACCUGUGGACAAAAGAUGCAAGAAUGUGCUGGUCAUUGGGGUUACUUGAAGCUUGUUUUACCGAUUUUCCACGUGGGCUAUUUUAGACCCACCAUCAAUAUUCUGCAAGAGAUCUGCAAGUCUUGCAGCCGUGUCAUGCUCGAAGAAUCCGAUCGACGUAUGUACCUACGACGCUUACGUGCCCCCGGUUUAGAUAACCUGCAGCGCAAUCGAAUCAUCAAAGCCAUCAAUGAAAAAUGUAAAAAAGUGACUUACUGUCCGUACUGUAACGCUGUCAAUGGCGUUGUCAAGAAAGUAGGACCCAUGAAAAUUACACACGACAAAUACCGUUUGAAGCGAGUAGCGCAUGAAGCCGAAGAGUUUCGUAAAACGUUUGAUGCCGCCGCCAAUUCGAUGCCUGAAAUUAAGCCUCACAUCAGCAAAGCCCAAGAUGAUUUAAAUCCACUGAGGGUCUUGCGUUUGUUUCAGCGCAUCAGUCCAGAGGAUUGCGAAUUGUUAGGCUUAAGCGAGGAGCAUGGACGACCGGAAUGGUACAUCUGGCAGUACUUGCCUGUGCCGCCUUCCUGUAUUCGACCUUCGGUACUUCAGGACGAUAACAGCAGUAACGAGGACGAUUUGACGGCCAAGUUGACGGAAAUCAUCUUUACAAACGCCAUUAUUCGAGCAGGCUUGGAAAGAGGUGUUACGGUCAUGAAUUUGAUGGAACAGUGGGAGUUCUUGCAAUUGGCAGCUGCCAUGUAUAUCAACAGCGAACUUCCGGGCGUGCCCAAUGCAAAUAUGGGCAAACCAGGCCGUGGUCUGUGCCAGCGAUUGAAGGGUAAACAGGGUCGUUUCAGAGGCAACUUGUCCGGUAAACGUGUGGAUUUCUCGGGUCGUACCGUCAUUUCGCCAGAUCCCAACAUGCGCAUCGAUCAAGUCGCGGUGCCUGAACGUGUGGCCAAAAUUCUCACCUUCCCCGAACGCGUUAAUGCGCAUAAUAUCCAUAAAUUACGACAAAACGUCAUCAAUGGUCCGUUGGUCCAUCCAGGUGCCAAUUACGUUCAAUUCAAGGAUGGCUUCAAGAAAUUCUUAAAGUUUGGUAAUCGACAAGCGAUUGCUGCCAACCUAAAAAUUGGUGAUUUGGUCGAACGCCACUUGUCCGAUAACGAUGUUGUCUUGUUCAAUCGUCAGCCCUCGCUUCACAGAUUAUCUAUCAUGGCACAUUUUGCCAAGGUCAUGCCUUGGAGAACGUUCCGUUUCAACGAGUGUGUCUGUUCGCCUUACAACGCCGAUUUCGACGGUGAUGAAAUGAAUAUGCAUUUACCCCAGACUCAAGAAGCCAAGGCCGAAGCUAUUGAACUGAUGGGUGUCAAAAAUAACUUGGUCACGCCUCGUAACGGUGAACCUUUGAUUGCUGCCACCCAGGAUUUCAUUACAGCAUCCUACCUGUUAUCACAUAAAGAUACUUUUUAUACCCGCGCCAUGUUCGUUCAAGUAUGCUCCAUGAUGGGUGACGCUGAAAUGAACAUCGAUCUACCUCCUCCUGUCAUCUGGAAGCCUCAACGAUUGUGGACCGGAAAGCAAGUGUUCAAUGUGCUUUUCAGACCCAACAAGGAAAGCAAAGUGCAAUUGAAUGUGGAAGCCAAGACCAAAUCGUAUGUCAAGGAAGAAGGUCGCAUUCCCGAUCUCUGCCCCAACGAUGGUUGGCUGGUUGUUCAAGACAGUGAAAUCAUGUGCGGUCUUGUCGAUAAAGCCGUUGUCGGUGACGGUAAUAAGAACUCGGUAUUCUAUGUCAUUUUGCGUGAUUACGGUCCAAUUGAAGCUGCCAAGUGUAUGAAUCGCUUGGCCAAAUUGUGCGCUCGUUAUUUGGCCAAUCAAGGUUUCUCCAUUGGUAUCAGCGAUGUCACACCCGGCAAACGCUUGCGAGAUAUCAAGGAUCAAGAAGUCAAGACUGCUUACAACAAGUGUGACGAUGUAAUUGCCAAAUAUAAAUCCGGACAGUUAGAAACCAUGCCUGGUUGUAACGAAGAAGAAACCAUGGAGUCGUUGGUGUCUGGUAUUCUUUCGAACGUUCGUGGUGAUCUGGGUAAAGUGUGCAUGACCGAAUUGAACAUGUACAACUCUCCCAGUAUCAUGGCCCGAUGUGGUUCCAAAGGUUCUCAAAUUAACGUGUCGCAGAUGGUUGCUUGUGUCGGUCAACAGAUUAUUAGUGGUAGUCGUAUUCCUGAUGGUUUCCAGGAUCGUUCGCUCCCCCACUUUUUGAAACACUCCAAGAGCCCGCCUGCCAAGGGUUUCGUGAGAAACAGUUUCUUCACGGGUUUAACACCCACCGAGUUUCUUUUCCACGCUAUUUCAGGUCGUGAAGGUCUUGUCGAUACAGCUGUCAAGACUGCCGAAACAGGUUACAUGGCUAGACGUUUGAUGAAGGCUUUUGAAGAUUUGGUGACGCAUUAUGAUUUGUCGGUCCGCAAUUCGGAAGGUGCUAUGCUUCAGUUCUGCUACGGUGCGGAUGGAUUGGAUCCCAUGACCAUUGAAGGCGAUGGUAUCCCUGUAGAAUUUGAACGUAACUUGAAGCAUGUCAAGACACUUGUGCCUAUGGGUCGUGAAGUUGGUCUGUUGCCUUGGCAAAUUAUCGAUAUCACGGAGCAGGAAACACAACGUCCCAUCUGGGUUCUGAAUUGCAGAACUUCGUUUAUCGACAUGACAAAGAACUUUAUCCGAGAUAAAGUGGCCGGUAAAUUGGCGAAUAUCCGCAAGAAGCAUGGCAUGCUUUCCGGUUUGGCCAAACCCGAUGAAGAUUACAUGGACAUGGAUAUCGAUGAAGAUGUACCAGAGGAUGCUAAGCAAGCGGUGCGAAACAUGUUCUGUCUUACUGAAAAUCAGUUACGACGUUAUUUGGACGUGUGUGUGUCCAAAUACCACAAGGCCAAGAUUGAGCCUGGUACGGCUGUGGGUGCUAUUGGUGCGCAGUCGAUUGGUGAACCCGGUACGCAGAUGACAUUGAAGACUUUCCAUUUUGCUGGUGUCGCCAGUAUGAAUAUUACGCUCGGUGUACCGCGUAUUAAAGAAAUUAUCAACGCCGCCAAAAUCAUCUCCACGCCUAUUAUUACCUGUGAGUUGCACGCCGACAAGGAUGUACGAGCAGCUCGUGUUGUGAAGGGCCGUGUGGAGAAGACGACGUUGGGUGAUGUAGCCAUGUACAUGGAAGAAGUGUACGAACAAAAUGAGACCUAUAUCCUGUUGCGUAUCGACUUGGAAGCCAUUAACAAACUUCAGCUUGAAACCAAUAUCUAUGAAAUUGCUCAUGCUAUUCAAACGGCCCCGAAACUCAAGAUGGGUCAACUGGAUGUUCAAACCAGUCGACCGGAUAUUAUUCGUGUAUAUGUGCACGCCAAACAGGAUGAAUCUAUGUAUUACAACUUGAAGGCACUCAAGCGAGCAUUGCCUUCAGUCAUUAUCACGGGCUUGCCUACUGUGGUUCGUGCUGUUAUUAGUGAAAAGGCCGGUGGGGCUGGAUCGAAGCAGUUGGUGGUCGAAGGUUACGGUUUGUUGAAUGUCAUGACCACCGAUGGUAUCAUUGGCGAAAAGACGACUUCCAAUCACAUUAUGGAAGUAGCUGAGGUGCUGGGUAUUGAGGCGGCUAGAAAUACCAUUAUUAACGAAAUUCAAAUGACCAUGGAGUCUCACGGUAUGACAAUCGAUCAUCGUCACGUUUUCUUGCUGGGUGAUAUCAUGACGAGCAAGGUAAAAACUUUGAAGCCUUUUUCUUUUUCUUUUGUCGAAAAUUCGAUUGAAUGA